AUGGCUGAGGCUCAAGGUAUCUUGAGGGAUAUUGAAAGAAGAAAUAUACCAGUGAAACUCGAGGAGGUGGAAUGCGGUCCAUCCUGCGCUGAUGUGCUUAACUCCGUGUUCAUAUCAAAUGGAGACACUACCGAAUUGGAGGAUGUCAAGGCCCGAGAGAUGCACCGUGGUCUUGACGGCAGAUCGCAUCCGAUGUCACGAGUAUUACUGUAUGACAACAAGAGGAGAGACAGUUUCCAUGCCUACUACGUGGAUAAGGAAUGGCUUCGACUAAAAACACCUCAGGAGGCUGCAAUAUGGUCAAUCUGCCUCUAUGUUUCUCGAUCCAUGUCCGAAGAUGAGCGAAUCAGAGUUAGUGAUGCGUUCAAUCAGGUGGUCACUUCUUCAGGGCUGCGAUUAUCAGGUGCUCAGCGAGUAUGA